AAUGCGAAAGGGCCGGGCGGAACAGGUGGGCGCACACGCGGGCGGGACGAAGCAGGUGAGCACCGACCGGGUGCCCCGUGCGCGCCGGUUGGUCAAGGGCGGGGCGUCCGGCCCGGGGCGGGGCACGCCAUCCCCGGGGACCGGCCGGCGGCCACCGCCCCCUCCCGGCCCCGCCCCCCCACUCCCGGGCGGGGCAGGCAGCGGCCCCCUGCGGCGGGCCUGGCAGAAGAGGCCGCCCGCGCUGCGCCCCGGCGCCUGUCUUCGCUGCAGCUCCCAGUGCCGCCGCCCAGCCGGCCCCUGCCUGGCCAUGGCCGCGGCCUCCUCCCCGCCCAGGGCCGAGAGGAAGCGCUGGGGCUGGGGCCGCCUGCCGGGCGCCCGGCGGGGCAGCGCGGGCCUGGCCAAGAAGUGCCCCUUCUCCCUGGAGCUGGCUGAGGGCGGCCCGGCGGGCGGCGCGCUCUAUGCGCCCAUCGCGCCUCCCGGCACCCAGGGGCCCGCGCUCCCCGCGUCCCCGGCCCCGCCGGCCGCGCCCCCCGCAGCCGCCGACCUUGGCCCGCGGCCGCCGGUGAGCCUCGACCCGCGCGUUUCCAUCUACAGCGCGCGCCGCCCGCUGCUCGCGCGCACCCACAUCCAGGGCCGCGUCUACAACUUCCUCGAGCGCCCCACGGGCUGGAAGUGCUUCGUCUACCACUUCGCCGUCUUCCUCAUCGUCCUGGCCUGCCUCAUCUUCAGCGUGCUGUCUACCAUCGAGCAGUAUGUCACUCUGGCCACAGGGACCCUCUUCUGGAUGGGUUUUCUGGGUGUGGAGCCGGCCAGCAGGUGCGUGCUGCAGCGCAUGGGGCUUUGGCGCACCGGCCUCCGUUGGUCACAGUGGCUCCUCCUGCUUCUCCGGAAGGAAUGUGCCGGCCUCGGGCAGGCGGAGGGACGUUAUACGUUCUCGUGGAAGAGCAGGGACAGGCUCAACGGCAAAAAGCUACGGGAGCACCAUCGGGCCACCAUCAAGGUCAUUCGGCGCAUGCAGUACUUUGUGGCCAAGAAGAAAUUCCAGCAAGCACGGAAGCCCUAUGAUGUGCGGGACGUCAUUGAGCAGUACUCCCAGGGCCACCUCAACCUCAUGGUGCGCAUCAAAGAGCUGCAGAGAAGGCUGGACCAGUCCAUCGGAAAGCCCUCCCUCUUCAUCUCCGGCUCAGAAAAGAGCAAGGACCGUGGCAAUAACACCAUCGGCGCCCGCCUGAACCGCGUGGAGGACAAGGUGACGCAGCUGGACCAGAGGCUGGUGCUCAUCACGGACAUGCUGCACCAGCUGCUCUCCUUGCACCAUGGCAGCCCCCCGGGCGGCCGUCCCCCCAGCGGGGAUGAGGCCCAAGUGGUCCAGCCCUGUGGUGGCGGCUCCAUCAACCCCGAGCUCUUCCUGCCCAGCAACGCCCUGCCCACCUACGAACAGCUGACCGUGCCCCACAGGGGCCCUGACGAGGGGUCCUGAGGGGGCCCAGGGCGAGAGGGGAGGUCCACCCCACCUCCCACUCGGCAGGGGCACCCAUGGAGCCACAGCCACCUCCUUGAAGGCCCGAGAGAGCAGCCCCUCUCUCCCUGGCCCUGGCCCCCCAGUGGGCCGUGCCACCCCUCGAGCCUGAGCUGGGGGUUCACCAAGGCCGCCUCUUCCCGGCCAGCAGGUACUAGAACUUGGCUGGGUGAGGGGCCCCUCUCAGCUCUGAUGCUGUGCCCCUCCCCCAUCGCUUGUGUGGUUGGGACACAGUGGCAGGGGGUCUGGCUGGCCCCCCGCAGGGCUGGACAUCCCGGGCACUUAGUCUGUCCCACGUAUGGCCAGGAAGCAGCAUAGAUGAAUGCAGGCCCCCCUGGUAGGCCCCAGGGGGCUUCCUGAGGGGAGAGAGAGGGACAGCCUGGACAGGGUCUGUGGGUACCCCACCCCCAGCCUCAAAUCCAGGACUCAGGUGGACCCGGGGAGGAAGCCAGCAGGGCAGGGCGGGCCCAGCCCAUGACGAAUAAGGACACAGGACCCAGGCCCACGAGCCCCCCUCCGAGGGUCCAGGCCUGGGCCUCCUCCCUCCGUCUCCAGAGAUGAUGACUCGAUUGACCCCGGGCUGUGAGGGGAGCUGAUCCUGAGGCCACAGCUUCCAGCAGGAGGGACAAGGCCCACCGCUGGCCCCUGACUGCUUCACUGGGGGUGGAAUGUCCCCCAGUUGGACUGGCAGCUUCUCCUACCCGUGCUGGAGAGAAGAGGAAGGCCCCCUCCGACCUGGCGCUGUGUGCAGCCCCUACCUCCAGCUCCCUGCCUGGUCCGAGCGGCUGGACAGACACACAGAACUGUCCCCUCACCUGACCAGCUGCUGUGCCGUGAGGGAGCCCAAGGGUGUCACAGUCUCUCCACAGGGCGGGGGCUGCUGGGCAUUACAUCUCGCAGAAAUCAGAAUAAUUUGUGGCGAUUUGGAAUCUGUUUUAAUGAGCUUCACAGUGUGAUUUUGAUUGAUUGUGCUGGCUUUUCCUAAUAAACGCGGAGAGCCGCGGACUU